AUGGAUUCUGAUGAGAAGGCUUUCGCGAUAACAGAGAGAAACAAAGCUUUGCUAUCAAAAUGCUACGAGGCGGCUCUUGUUAAGAGUCACCUUGAAUCAUACUUAGCUUUGACUCGAGUCGACUCAGCGAUACAGGACUUGCUCUCAUGCCCUGAAAACAUGUGGAAGGAAGGGAUAAGUCCCGCUCUUGACACAGAUCUCAGAAAAUUGGCACAAAUUAGGGCUUUCUGA